UCGUCAAUUCUGAAAAAAUUAGACACGCGAAAAUACAAAGAUUUUUUUGUAUUGGAUUUUUAAUUUGCAUUCACUAAUUGCUUCUGGAAGCUUGAAUACUAUUAAAAACUAAUAAGUUUCGUUUUAAAUUGUGUGCAAUUUUUAUUCAGUCCUACAUACUUUUAACUCGAUAAUUGCGACGGUAUAGGCGGAAAUGGACAUAUCUGCAUAUCAACACUUGAAUAUCCGUAUGAGUACACGUGGCAAGCGCCCGCUUCGAAAUCUAACUCCUAAUGACAAAGUUCGAGCUAUUCAACGCAUUCAUAACGGCGAGACGAAAGCAUCCGUUUCGCGCGACAUUGGUGUACCAGAGUCAACCCUUCGUGGUUGGUGUAAAAAUGAGCAAAAAUUACGCUUUAUGUGUCGUCAAAUGACUGCAAUUGAAAACCUACCAAAUUCUGGGCUGGAGAAUUUCCAGCCAGCUGCGAAAAGAAAUAAGUUUGAACAAAAUUUCAUCAUUAAUGCUAAUAGCAAUCACGAUGGGCCAAUGCUUGGGGAAAUGACAAUAACUGAGUUUAUGAAGAAAACUCGACUGCCAACCGCGGAGUCACAAACUAAACGAACUUCGGUGACAGGAGACAUAACAUCUUCUUUUGGUGCUUCACCAUGCUCUUUAAGCAGAGCUUUUUCAUUAAUACCUUCAUCGGCAAACUAUAAUCAAUCCAGUUUUAUGCAUAAUGAUUUGAAUUGUGUGUCUUCAUUAAAUCCAAGUCUAUUGUCAAUGUUAGAUGUAAAUUCUUAUAAAUGGACGAGUCAAAAAAAAAUCAAUCGUGUUGCAGAAACCAGUCAACUGCACGAUACACAACGUGCCACAUAUUCCAUGGAUCAAAAUUUUGACAAAACGCCAAACACGGAGUCAAUUUUUAAUAAAAAAUUUAGUGCAGUUUUGCAUCAUCGAACUAAAAAUUCUCCAGAACAUAUUAAUACUGAGUCUAGUUACACAAGUGGUCACAAAAUGGAGGUAAAUGGACGCAACAUAUUGGACUUUAACUGUGGAGGUGAUAUUAAUAACAAUUUCGCAAAACUAGGGCAAGACGCGUAUAUUGAAAGUUUAAAUAAGAAUAUUUGUGUAGAAAACAAUGCCAUGAAUAAUGAUAUUUAUCGCACCACUGAAACAACAUUGCUUCAGUGGUGUAAAAUGUUUAAUGCAAGUUUGAAUUUAUUAGCUUUGAUGGCAAGUACUGCGACAUUGCAAACUCCAGUUAUUUAUUUGCAAGGCACUCCUGACGAUACAUCGAAUAUAAAACUGGAAAAACAAGGCGAUGCAGAAGCCUCAACAUCAGCUUUUGGAUUAAGAACAUCUCCUAUUCAAAAUGAAAUGUCGAAUGAUAGUUAUUAUGAAAGUGAACCGGAAGACCUUUCCAUACGCUCAGCAGAGUUUAAAAUAUCUACGUCCAUAAAUAAACGGUCCCAAAGUCCAGCUAAAAGUACCGCAUCUAGUUCUUCCACACAAAGUGAUGCUGAUGCAUAAUCUUAAUACAUUUUAUUAUAAGAAUUUUAAUGAUUGUACUUUUUCAAUCAUCCUAGUUGCUAUUACAUCGAUAUUUGAAUCAUUUGUUAAAUAGUUCCACCUGCGCAAACAAGUAGAUACAAUUGAUGUAAAUUUUUUGGCGGGCAAUCAGUCAAAAUAAAGGGCACUUUUAAGUUAGUUGUAGCGUUUUUUAACUUGAAUAAAUUAAAUAAAUAAAU